CUUCUCUACUAAAAAAAAUAAAUUAGUGUCAUUCAUUAGUUGCAGCCCCUCAGUUGCAGGCCCUGUCUGUUCCCUUUCUGAAUGAGAGCCUGCUCACAGAGAGGGUCUGACAUUGUCUGCUCUUGCUGUAGUGUUGUGUGUGUGUGUGUGUGUGUGUGCAGGAGUGUGUAUGUGUGUGUGUGAGUCACAUUGAAUGAUAGAGAGAGAGGGAGAGAGGCUCACAGAGAAGAUCUCUGGGCAACAGAUCCGUUUUGCUCGGCUAAAGACCAAACACAACGGGAUGGAUUUCUGCACGACAUGAACAAAAGAACAAAGCCAUGUCUGGAAUGGACGUCCCACUGGUGGACCACAACGACACUGGAGUCUCUUCAAUAGACAUUGGGACCUUCCUGCGUUUCUCUCCAACCUCGGCCUCCACAUCGGCCGCCGCCUCGUCCCCAGGACGUCCAGGCAACGUGUACGUCUACGUGUGGCUCUUCCUCGGCCUGCUGGUGUUCCUGCUCACGCUGCUUAUCAUCUCCCUCCACAGGCUGAAGAACAUCAUCUCCUCCUCCUCCUCGGUUCCCGACUGCAGCAGCGAAGGGGGGAGCUCCUUCACCAACAUGGAGAUCUGUAGCAUCUCCUCCCAGAGGUCCACCAUCUCCUCACUGUCCACCUGAGGGAGGGAGAUGGGGAGACAUAUGGGCGUGUAUGUCCAUUUGCAUGUGUGCUCAGACAUGCAAGCAUGCACACACAAGCUCCUCACUCUUCUCUGUGACAUACAAACACAAACUUUACUUCAUGCAUGCAUGGCUCUACUUCCCAUGCAUGCAUAGUCUAUAGUCCUGAUGGUCCAGUGAGUCACAAGGCGUGAGUGUGACUGAGCCUUAUUUCACGGACUGUGAGACAAAGCUGAAAUUUGCCUUCCCUCUGCAGGAAAAAGGAGGAACUAUGAUCUUUCCUAAUCCAUUUUUGUAAAAGUCAUUUCUUGUGCUGUACCUGUCAUAUUUACGAUAGAACAAAUGAAGUGAAUCUUUGUACAGCAUGUCUCAUAAUGUCAGUAGACUCAACUGCAAUAAUCAGCAUUAAAAUAUUACCAAUAUCACUUUGUACAGACAUGCAUGAGAUUAGACAACUAGAGAUGCUGUAACUCAUUUUACUUGUACCUAGCGAAAGGUGAGAUAUCUUGAAAAGUGUUUAAAUGCCACAUUGGUUCAUGAUUUUGGCGAGAAGAUGUUGCACAAAGGAGACGGAAGACGCGGUGAAGGUGAGAGAGAAAUGAAGGUUGUCAAGUAUUGACGGGCACGCAGCCUCCGACUGCAGCUGCGGACAGACCGGGUCAAAAGUGUCAGAAACUACAAGAUUAAAUUCAGCCCUGAAAGACAGGACUACCAGCGGAACGGAUAACCCUCUCUUGCCUGUCAGCUCAUAUGGCAUCUGAUCGCAGUCUCCAUAGUGACUGAAGCAUGAGCACUCCAGCUGUCAGCCAUGUGUGUGUUCUAGGCUUAAAGCAGUAAUGGUUGUUCCUGCUCAAAAUACAUUGUUUAAAAA